AUGGACCCUGCCGUAGAGUAUACGCGUAAAGAUGAGCUUUCGGAGAUCGAAAAGGUGGCAACACCUAUGAUGACCAAAGCUUUCGUCUUCUAUGAGAUCCUACCAACGACCGAUCUGGACAAAGUCAUCUCAUCAUUCAGAGAAGGCCUCAAAAACGCAACUCGCCAGGCUCCCUUCGUGGCUGGAAACAUUGAGUAUGAUACCACGGGCAAACCACCAUACAUAUUAACACAUCCAGGGGAGAGAACAGAACUAUUUACUGUCCGUCACUUUUCCUCUGCGGAACAUAAGUCGUUCGCGGCGCUCGCUGGCGGCGCCUUCGGCCCUGCAGAUUUUGACCCUGACCAGCUAGUACCUGAGCUGCCCGCGGGAACGAAGCCGGUGUGUGCGAUUCAAUUGAAUAUCAUUGAGGGCGGCCUGAUCUUGGGAUUUACGUUGAACCACGUGGCUGGCGACUGGACUUCCAUGGAUACGUUGUUGUCCUUGAUUUGCCAAGGCAGCAGGGCACACCAACAGGGCCUGAAGAUGCCUACAUACACUCCGGAUCUCAAUAGAGACCCGUACAAUGCUCAGUUCGCGAUCUCAAAGGAUAACUUGCCCGAAGAACUAGGCAUGUACUACGUGAAGGAAAAGGUCCCAUUCAUCCCCAAACCGCCACCACCUUUUCAAACGAGCAUCUACAAAACCACGGACGCUUUAAUGCAGCAACUGAAACAGAAAUGCACCCCCCUACAUGGAUUGGAGUAUGUUUCAUCCUACGACUGUCUCUCCGCUCUUCUUUGGACCUCAAUCACUCGCGCCCGACUUCAGCUGCAGCCUGAGAAAAGCACAACAAAAUCAACCUCUCUCCACCCCGUUGGCCUCCGGUCUCGAGACCCUCAGAAGAAAACAUCAGAGCGGUACUUCGGAAACUCUGUCUUUCCGGCUUGGGUCAGACCGACGGAUAGUCAGGCUUUAGUUUCGGAGAAUGGCCUCGCCCUCGCGGCAUCGUCGAUCCGCAAAUGCAUCCAGCAAGUGAAUAUCGACUGGGCGGGAAGCAUAGCAUCGUUGGUGGCAUCCCUCGCUCCGAACGAAGCAUUGGGCUACCAUGUCGACUUCCACGACAUGGAUGUUCUGAUCAACAGUUGGUAUUCUGGGACUGCCGAAAAUUAUGAUAUUGGAACCGGGUCAUUGCCAGUUGCUUUUCGCACCGCUCGGCCCAUUACGGGUGGCUGCGCUUUGGUUCUGCCUAAUUUCAGCAAGGGGGAUACGAGAGAGUAUGAGGUUUUUGUUCAGUUGGAAUCGCAGCAACAUGAGCUGUUGCGUCGGGAUGCAGAGUUUGCGAAAUAUUUCGAGCUUCUGACAUGA